AUGGUUGGAAAAAGCAAAUCACCAGAGUUCAAUUUCGAAGAUGGGAUGGCAUACUUCGAUGCUGUGAAGGUCGCAUUGCAGGAUACUGAACCUGAAAAAUAUCAAGAGUUUGUAAGAAUCUUUAUUGAUUAUACUGCUAAUAGAUUCGGUUUCGAAACUUUGAGUGCAAGCUUGCAGGAACUCCUGAGAGAUCACGCGAAUCUGUGUCAUGGUUCAAAUGUCUUACUUCCUUUUAGGUUGCAGACAGCCAUCCCUCCCGAGGCUAGCGCAGAGUUUCACAUCAAUAAGGUGGUUGGAAGAAGCGUACCACCGGCGGUGGCGGUGCCUACCAUGGAUGAUGCGACUUCUUACCUCAAUGCUGUGAAGGAAGCAUUUCAUGAUGAACCUGCAAAAUAUAUGGAAAUUACUAAGCUCUUGACUGAUCUUAAAGCUCGUAGAAUCAAUGCCGCUAGUGUCAUUGCAAGGAUGGAGGAACUCUUGAAAGAUCACUUGAAUCUGCUUCUUGGUUUCUGUGUCUUCCUUUCACCUACAAGGAGGUUUAUCACGAAGCUUAAGGCAAGGUUUCUGGGCGAUGGUAGUCAAGUAGUUGACUCAGUUCUCCAGAUAUUGAGAAUGCACAGUGAGGGAAACAAGUCCAAAGAUGAGGCGUCUCAGGAGGUCCGUGCACUUAUUCAGGGUCAUGAAGAUUUACUCAUGGAGCUUUCAGAAAUUUUCAGUGAUCCAUAG